CUCGUGUCGCAGUUUGGCGUUUUUGCUGUAUGAUUCAACUACAGUCCAAACUAGCGCGGCACUGGCUAACACUAAUAACGUUGGGUAGCUAGCUGUGAGCCUAUAUGGAGGGAAAUGUCUGCAUGCAUUGUAUGCCAGUUUUGUUUGGAACUAGGGCACCCCACUUUCACUAGCGAGUUUCUCGCCUCAGUUUUAGUUUAACGCCGUGCUGACAUGGAUUAGCUGUACGUGGCUAACUGCUUCUGUAACUUAUACCUAGACUGUUUAUUGAAAGAAAAAAAAAAGAUUCAAGCCCACUCCCAUAUUAAUACCUAUGUCUCAGCUGUGUUGCGAGCCAGCGAGCCUUGCAGAGACUGACUCAUUUUGUGAGCCUCUGCAACACCGCCGCCAUGAUCUCUUUGUUGGCUUUGUGAGGAUUUUAGGCGCAAAUAACUUCUCUGGGCAGCCAUCUAUCUGUUUAGCAAACAUCGGAUGCGUAUCCUCUUACCAACACAGACUCGCUUCGUCACUCCCGGGUCUACGGAGCUCCACUUUUAUUCAGACCGACACGUAAGAGACCGCGUCAGGCUACACCUCCGUCGCGUCACCGGGAACAACAACACUGAGAGGAGGACGAGGGAGACGACGACAGCGAAAAUCAUCUCUAUCGACAGGACUCGAACGAACGCGGAGAGGGCCGGGAAGUCACGAAGGCUGCCGAGGAAACGAGGCAAAACCACGGACAUAGCCGAGACCUGCCUAGAAUUGGAGCGAUAUUUGCAGACGGAGCCCAAGCGUCUGUCCGAACUCUUCGACCAAGACCUGGAUGGUCUCCUAACUCCGGCCUACCUAAAGGAGGAUGGUGAGGAAGAGCUGACAGAUGCCCUGCUCCCCAGCCUGCCCAGCCUCCCUGAGCCUCCGAGCCCACCUCCAGUGAUCCUCUGCCCAACACGGAAGAACCUCCCCUCCACUGGUGCGAUGAAAAGGGACCUCAAACCCAAAACCCAGGGGCUGGAAAACGUAGAAGGGAUGGAGGGAGUCCACCAGGCCCAGCUGAGUGCCGUCACCUCCCUCACACCCCCGUCAUCACCAGAACUGGGCCGUCACCUCGUCAAACCCAACCAGACACUGACGGCUUCAGCUGAUGGGACACUCACCCUGAAGCUGGUGGCCAGGAAGGUGGGUCUUAGUGCGGCCCGGUUGGUGGCGGCGCAUGCCCUCCCUGUCCGAAUGAAGGACGAAGAGGAGGGGGCUGCAUGUGUGAUCGGGGUUGGGGAGCUACCGGAGAACAAGAAGAGGAUUCACCGUUGUCAGUUCAAUGGCUGCAGGAAGGUGUACACCAAGAGCUCCCACCUAAAGGCUCAUCAGAGGACACACACAGGUGAGAAACCCUACAAGUGCUCGUGGGAGGGCUGCGAGUGGCGAUUCGCCCGGAGCGACGAGCUGACGAGGCACUAUCGCAAACACACCGGCGCCAAGCCUUUUAAGUGCAACCACUGUGACAGGUGUUUCUCGCGGUCGGAUCACUUGGCGCUACACAUGAAGAGGCACAUCUGAGGAAUUUGAGAGAGGUCAGCGGGAGUGGAAGAGAGGGGAAGAGGAUGGAGGCGGAGUGGAAGAAAAAAAACAGAAAAAUAACACCAUGGAUGUGAGAGAGAGAGAGAGAGAGAGAGAGAGACAGCGGGAUGGACUCAAAAGACAGCAGAUUUGGCCAUUCUGGACUGGAGGGAGAGGCACCACACAGGGACGCUGACUACAGACAGAAACACAGGCAGGCAGACAGACGGAUCCAAAGUGGCUCUGUAAAUCUGUGCUCAACCAGUUGGUCCAUGAUUCCACUAUGACACAUCAUCACCUCAUAAAUGUCUCCCACUGUUGUCGCGUGGACGAUACAGACGCUCCAUCCCACCCUUCGUAUGUCUCCGAGGGGAUGUCGCAUGAUGAAUGGUGGACCACGUGCUUGUAGUUGGCAGCUCUUUGUUUUAGUCGUCCUUGCAGUCUUUGCAAAUCAUCCCUCAGCUGAAACGCUUCCAAAAUAUCAGCCCUGGUCGUGCAGCAGUGCUCCACAUGCCAGCGAGUACACCAACGCCACAUUGGACCAGUUGUACAGUAAUUUUGUGCUAACUGCAGAACUGCUGUUUGUAUAUUGAAGAUUUCCUCUCCUUAGACCGCACCUUAGGCUAAGGAGAACAGUUCAUUUCCAACAGUAACUAUAAUGGCAUCAUCUCACAGGAUAAGCAAGCAACUAAGCUGGCUUCCACACCUUCAAGCUUGCCACAGCCUUUACAAUUCGCCAAAUGGUUUAUUAUCUUAUAUAUAGGACAGAUAAUAAUUUGACAGUUUUUCAUCUGACCUCUGUCACAUUUGCCAACUGGAUCCAUUUAUAAAUCCUGCUGGUUCAAUGGCAUAGGAGCACUUUUUUGAAUGGAGCAUUAGAUUGGAUUUCCCGAAGACUUGAAGAUGGGAGUGUGUUGCACUGAUGUGCUGUGAAGACUGAUUGAGGUCAUGCCGGGGGCUGGCUUGCUUUAUGAACAUCAUCCAUUGAGGGUUACCAAUGGAUGAGGCUAACUAAUCUACUCUGGGAAAGACUGUUCAUCUCCUAGAAUGUCAGCUGAAACCAAGCGUCUCAAGAGAUGCUCGAUUGCUCCUAAGAGUCUUUUUCCUGUCCGGGAUCUUGGCUCUCACGAGUUGUUGUCAGAAACUGUUGCACAAUUGACUCUUUGCAAACUUUUUGUAAAAAUGCCCCACCGUCAUGAACUGGGAGACAAUUUAGGACUCACCAAAUGCAGGCUUUCACAUGUCGACAGAGAGUGGGAAGGAAAAUGCACAAGUUGAAGCAGCUAGCUGACUGCGAUGGCACACUGAACGCAAACAAGAUCACGAUGUAUGUAAAGGCUAUAUUGUUUCUAAGAAAAAAAACAAUGUCCUAUUUGUUCAACAAAACAAUUGAAAAGACACAAUUGGGAAAUGAAUGCAGCCAAAACAAAACAAACAAAACAAACAAACAAACAAACAAAAACACAAGUGUCUACUGUAGAUGCCUGAAAUGAUCUCUUUGGCCUUUGAGAGUGAUUGGCACCUAUGUAGCCCCUGGGUUUGGGAAGGUUUGCCCUGUUCGCACCACCCAUGCAGAACUCCAAUUUAGCAAUUCUCAGACUUCAUAUCAGAGAAAAGCAGCAUUCAACAGCUCUCCUAA